UCCAUCUUGGUUUUACUAAACACAGGAGUGCAUUCUGUGCCGACACCGCUAAAAAUGGUUAAUAAGAAGCCAACCAAGAAGAAGGUACAGGGCAAAAAGGUUGCCGCUGCCCCAUUGGCCGUCAAAAAAGUUGAGGUUAAAAAAGUGGUCAAUCCUCUGUUUGAAAAGCGCGUUAAAAACUUUGGAAUCGGUCAGAAUGUGCAGCCGAAGCGUGAUCUGUCCCGUUUCGUACGUUGGCCGAAAUACAUUCGUAUCCAGCGUCAUAAGGCGGUGCUGCAGAAACGUUUGAAGAUUCCGCCACCAAUUAACCAGUUCUCGCAGGCUCUGGAUAAGCACACAGCUCAGCAGCUGUUUAAGCUCUUGGAGAAAUAUCGUCCAGAGAACCCGAUUGCCAAGAUUCAGCGGCUGAAGGCUAAGGCUGAAGCAAAGGCCGCCGAUAAACCGGAACCACCGACUAAGAAGAGCAAUCAGUUGCGUCAGGGAGCCAACACCGUUGUCAAGCUAGUGGAACAGAAGAAGGCCCAACUGGUCGUGAUCGCUCAUGAUGUUGAUCCGAUUGAGCUGGUUAUCUAUCUGCCUGCCCUGUGCCGAAAGAUGAAUAUCCCUUACUGCAUCAUCAAGAGCAAGUCUCGGCUAGGAACACUCGUCUAUCGUAAGACCUGUACCUGUGUGGCGCUCACUCAGGUUGACAAUUCGGACCGGGCGAACUUGGGCAAAUUGGUGGAAACCAUCAAGACCAACUUCAACGAUCGCUACGAAGAGAUCCGCAAGCACUGGGGAGGUGGUCUGCUCGGCCCCAAGAGUAUGGCUCGCAUUGCCAAGCUGGAGAAGGCAAAGGCCCGAGAACUGACCCAGAAAACGCUCUAAAGUCUGAGGCGGCAGUUUUGUUAUGCAUUAGGUGGUGUAUAAUCUUAUGUGCGGCUGCAGCUUCUUGGAUCGCAAGAGGUGUAGCUGAAAGCGAUAACAAUAAAACAUUGGAGGAGCGAA